CUUCUGGGCGCGUGCAUGUGUGCGUGCGUGCGCCUGCCUGCCUGCCUGCCUGUCUUUAAGAGGCGCAAAAAGGACGCGGGCGAGCGCCUCCCGUGCGGCUGGGAGAGCGGCUCCUGGGGACCCGGCCAUGCCCAUGCCUCGGCAGGGCCGCCCCGCUUUCCCCGCCGCCUGAGGACCGCCAUGGAGCUCUUCCGCUGCCCGUCGUGCCGCCUGCUGCUGUGGGAGCCGGCGACGGCGCCGUGCGGCCACUCCUUCUGCCGGCGCUGCCUGGCGGGGGCGGCGGGGCUGCCGGGCAAGUGCCCGCUGUGUGGGGAGAGGCUGCCCGCCCGUGCCCUCGCCCCUGCCGUCCUCCUGGGACACUUGCUGGAGAAGUGCUGCCACCCGGGCGCCAAGGCGGAGCGCCUCCGAGCCGAGGCCGGGCAGCUGCUCAGGAGCCGCGACUACCGCGCCGCGCUCUCCGCCCUCCACAGGGGCAUCGCCGUGGAUCUACAUGACCCUGUGCUAAGGCUGUGGCGAUCAGAGGCCUAUGUAGCUUUACAGCAAUACCCAGAGGCUCUGGAGGAUUUAGAGGUGCUAUGUAGGCAAGAGCCAGAAAUGUGUGAGGGCUUUUUAAGGAAGGGGAAGGUGCUCCUGGAAAUGGGGAAACAAUCUGAGGCCCUGCUGCAGUUCCAACAUUGUCUUACACUGAAUUCCAAUUUCCAUGCUGCUCAGCAUGAGAUAGAAAGGAUUUCCACAAAUGAUGCCUCCCCUCUUCCAGGCACUGUAGUGGAGCUGAAGAGUGAUGUGAGUCAGAGCUUGAAAGGGUCUAACUCAGGAAAAGAGCUGGCUUUACUUGCACCUUUUGAAGAAGAAUCUUUACAGAAUUUGAAGAAUAAAAGGGAAACUUUUCUGGAAGAACUUGGAACUGAUGACAACGAGGCAACAUAUACUGUGCCAGAAUGUUUGAGGAAAACCUCAGUUUCAGGCUUUUCUAUAAAGAAGGAAGAAGAUUUGGAGGAGGGAACAUCAACAGAUACUACAAGAGUGAAAUCUACCUGGGACGUCCAACCAGACUUCAGGGACCUCUUGAGUACUUCAGAUUUGGAAUGUUCUCUUUGCAUACGCCUGUUCUUUGAGCCAGUAACUACACCUUGUGGACACACAUUCUGCAAAGAGUGCGUGGAGCGCUGCCUAGACCAUCGGCCAAACUGCCCGCUUUGCAAACAGAGCCUCCGAGAGUACCUGAGGGCUGGAAAAUAUAACAUCACCGUUCUGUUGGAAGAGCUCAUGAAAGCAGUUUUCCCUUCACAGUUGGCAGAAAGGAAACUGAUCCACCAGGCUGAAAUGGCAGAGCUUUCCAAUCUCACAAAGAACAUCCCCAUCUUUGUCUGCACAAUGUCAUUUCCUGGCAUUCUGUGCCCUCUUCAUGUCUUUGAACCUCGUUAUCGCCUCAUGAUGCGGAGAUGUCAGGAGACUGGCACAAAGAUGUUUGGCAUGUGUAUGUAUGAGAAUGGGAAAAGUUUUGCUGACUAUGGCUGCAUGUUGGAAAUUCAGAAGAUCGUGUUUCUGCCUGACGGACGGUCUUUUGUGGACACUGUUGGCAAGCGAAGGUUUCGAGUUCUCAGACGUGGGCACAGGGAUGGGUAUAACACAGCUGACAUCGAGUAUCUGGAAGAUGAGAAGGUGGAAGGAGAAGAACUGGCUGAACUUCAGAGUUUGCAUGAUUAUACAUACCUCCUAACACAGAGGUUUUAUGAAUAUGGGGAUGCCACUUUCAGACAACUCUUGGCGCACCAUGGACCCCUUCCUGAGAAAGAGGAAGAUAUACAGGCAUUUCCAGAUGGACCAGUUUGGUGUUGGUGGCUUAUCUCCAUCUUGCCCCUUGACUUAAACCGCAAGUUGACCAUCUUCUCUGACACCUCCCUGAAGGCUCGUCUCACUCAACUGAAGCAUAUUCUGAAUGUCAUUCUGGAAAACCGUGACUGCAGUAGCUAAUCUUCAGACUUCAUUUCAAGAAAGAGGUUAUGAAUAAUGCAGAAGAAACUGGGGGUUCAUUGCGGGGCUGAUCAAAAAGCCUUUACCUGUUCCUAUUCUUCUCUAUUUGCUUUUUGUGUUCUGAUUUUGCAUUUUGCUACCAAACCGACCUCAGCAAUAGGGCCAAGCUGGCUUGCAAUAGUAGCAAGACUCAUGUUGUACCGUCCACAGGAGAUUUUUUUUUUAAAAAAUGAGAGUCUUAGUAAUGAAUUUAGACGUGAAAUCUGACCAAGAAAUCUGACUGUUCAGUACUAAGUGAAGAAACAGCUAAAAAACCUACAUUCUAUCACAGCCAAGAGAAAACCAAAAUAGAAAUGCUAGUAUUCCUGUGCUUCACCUUUUACACUCACACAAUGAAGCUUUUAUGAGAUUAUUCCAAUCUGUGCAAAACUUAUAUUGUUGCAGUUUUCCAAAUUAAUUCAUUCCCCUGAAGCUGUUAGCAUUUGUUGAAUAGGAGAGAGAAAAGUGUAAAUUGGCACAUGUCCUUUCUCUCCCUUGGUUGCUCAUAGCAGCUCCCCUGAAAAGCCAUUUUGAAUCAAUGCCAUUGCACAAGGAAAAAAGGGUUAACCUGACAGAGCUCUCUCUCUGCUGAGUCCAUAGCAUUCUUUCUUAAUUAAAGAAAAAUUUGAGGUAUUAGAUUGGAUGAGUUAAGGGGUCAUUAGCCUUUAAGAUAUCAUAAAGGGGGAAAGUGCAUACAUAGAUUGUACUUCUUCUGAAUUAGGAAUGGGAGGGUUGGGAUGCCACAUUGGCCUCACCAGGUGACCUUGGAGGGCUGCAUCUCUGCUGUAUCCCCUGACCAAAAAAUCAUUUUCUUUUCAUUCAGUAAUGUCCUCCACUUCUGGUUCUCUUCCUAUAAGAGGAAAUAAAGCCUCUCUGGACCAAAAAUGGUCUAGAGUUUAUAAAUCAUGAAAAAUUUCAACAAAAGUAAGGGACAACAAAAAUGGUCUUGAAGGUGUAUGCAGCUCAGAGGCUGCACUUUUCUCACCUCUGUUCUAUAUGAUUAAAGACUAAUGAGCGCACUACUUGGAAGGAAGUAUCAUUCUAAAUAUGUAGUGGGGGAGGGGCUGUUCAUGAAUUAACCAAAGAACAGAAAGCCAAAAGAUGAAGUGGCCUCCAAUGGUCAAGAAUCAACAUAGAUCUCAGUCACCAUAUCAUACUAAUUAUAUAGCUCUGUCAAUUGCCCCAUUUAUUGUGUGUCUUGCUGCAUACAUUACAUAGGACUCAGAGUAAAAAAGUUGAAAUACAAAGCUAUUUACUAUGUGACCUGUUCCGAUAAAACAAAUAUGAGCAUAAACAAGGAUUUUACUUUGAAAUACAGAAAAGUUAUCUUUAAAAGGGGCCACAGGACUCUGAUUUUUCUGGUUUUCACCAUUGUUAAAUUUGCUGCUUGGAAAAUGAUGAUAACUCAUGAUUUCCAGGCAAGAGGGCCAAAUGUUAAAAGAAUUAUUCAAAGUAGCAAGUCCACUCCCCAAAAUAGAUUCAAUAAUAAUAAUAAUAAUAAUAAUAAUAAUAAUAAUAAUAACAACAACAACAACUACUUUAUUUUUAUACCCCGCCCCAUCUCCCUGAAGGGACUCGGAGCAGCUUACAUGGGGCCUUGCCCGAUAAAACAAUCAAAUAUCAAUACUUUGGACAGUUCCCAUAAGUUCAGUCUAGAAUUCAAAGUGGAUUCUCUGUGCUUCUGAUAUGGGAGCUACCAGCCACCAUUGAUAGAGAUAGCAUAUCUACAAUGAUUAGACAAAAUUCUCUGGACUCCAACAUAAAGAAUAUAGUUUGGAAAUGUACAACUUAGAGUAAACUACAAAGCAUGAGGAUGAGCUUUUAUGAUGAUGUUUUGCAAUGUUUGGAAGCAUACCAGGCAUUUGACUGUGCUGACUUUGGUUUGUUUUUCAGUUACCCAAUUCUAACUAAUUCACAGAGUUUGGAAAGGUUUUUUUUUUAAAACUGGAACUUCCAGAAGCACCUGACAGCAUGGCAGUUCGCCAUGAUGGUGGAAAAUUCAUCAAACUAUCAAAAGCCAAACUCUGCCAAUAACAGUGUAGGAUAUUGGAUUCAUGUCCUUUUGCAUAAUGAACAUUUAAAAUUUGGUGGAUGACUGAUGAAUAUUUUUUAUUUAAAAUAAAUCAUACUAUUGAAUCUUAAGAAAUUAACAACAAUGACCACAUUACACUGAAAAUUUUGCAACAUGUUCAGCAUUGUUGGAACCAAUGUUAUCCUUACUCUUAUAUUUCUCUGUUACAUCAGUCCCCGAUAGGGUAUGACUAAUGUGAAGAUAGUCAUUUGUUUUGGGGGGAGGGUUGUUUUGCAAAUAGGUGGAUGCUAUCUGGAAAACCAGAAAUCUGAUUCCAUGUCUAGAAAUGGCUGCCAUCUUUAUAUAUUGAUGCAUCAGUGUUGUCAAAUGGUUUCCAUCAGGCUGAUGCAGCAUUUCUCUCUCAGAUGUUUGGGGUUAUAUUGUUUCUGGAUAUUAAUCCUUCUCUAUACCAGAGUUUGAAAUAGUUAUAUUUUUCAACUUCCAGAAUUCCCCAGCCAGCGUGGACAUGCACAAUGCUGGCUGGGAAAGUUCAUAAAAGUAACUGUUCUGAGCUCUCCUAUAGAUAUCCUGUGCAUCGUUAAGUGCAAUAUUAAGAAUACAGUGGUGCACAGUUUUGUUCAUUUACAUAUAUUUACAUUGACACCUUUGAAACCUUGUGGCACUGAAAGGGCACUACCAUUAUAAACACUGGAAAGCUACAUCAUCAGUUCACUGAUGGCCACAUUCUAAGUGUAAGUAUCAACAAAAUCACAUCCAUCAAAAAUAGCUCCAAUUUAUUUAUUGUUAAGUUAGACCAGUUGUUGAAUAUAGGCUAAAAUGUGUAAAACUUGUGGGGCAUAAGUUAUAAAUUGAAUAUGGGUGCUAUAAGCUCCAUUUUCAAAUAACGUAAGACUCAUGUGCCCCAGACUCCAUAAAAUCCAUCCAUUCUAGAUGUGGGAAGUUUAUUAGGAUGUAGAUUUGAAAAACUAAUCAUGUUACUUUCCCACCAUAGUGUAUUUUGAAUAUAUUUUUGAAAAUGUAGCAAAGGGAAAAACAGUAAUUGAGGCUAUAAUCUCUGAGUGUUUAAAAUGUUAUUGUAGGAGGCAUUUUGUUUUAUGUAUGAAGUGGAAGGGAAUUUCAGUAUUGCCUUAAAAUUCAAUAUAAGUGGAUGUCUAUGCUGGUGUAUUUUGCCCAGAUGAUUCCUUCCUUCCUUCCUUCCUUCCUUCCUUCCUUCCUUCCUUCCUUCCUUCCUUCCUUCCUUCCUUCCUUCCUUCCUUCCUUCCUUCCUCCCUCCCUCCCUCCCUCCCUCCCUCCCUCCCUCCCUCUCUCUCUCUCUCUCUCUCCCCCCUCCCCUCCCCUCCCCCCCCCCCCCAAUGUUUGUUUGGAAACUAGUCAGGACAUCUAUUUACAUUGAAAGUUGUAGAGGUUUGGCAGGCAUUCUGACAGUCUUUCACAUUAUCUUAAGGCCUAAGUCAUGGCAAGCAAUUAUAAAAAUGUAAGUUUAGGAUUUUUUAAAAAGGCUGUAGUUGACUAGACAUGUUGACACCAACUGCUUAUUUGGUUAUUUCCAGGUUUGAUAUUCUAAAGCAAGGAUAGGAAACAGCUUUCUAGGUGUUGUUGGACUGCAAGUCCCAGCAGCUCCCUACCCUGGAUAAUCAAUGGAGAGAAAUGCUGAAAGUUGCACUCAAAGAAUAUCUGGAGAACUGUACAGUUCUCACCUCUGUUCUACAUUUAUUUAUUUAUUUACUAUAUUUCUACCCCACUCUUCUCACCCGGAAGGGGACUCAGAGCGGCUUAUAAUUAUGGCAAAAUUCAAUGCUGCAUUACACAUGCAGAUAAACAAAUGCAACAUUUCGAGCAAUAAAACAGUCAAAACAUAUAAAUAAAACAGAUUAAAAAUACAGUGCAUACUUCUCUACAAUGUAUGCCAUGUUGUAGCCAGUGAUAUUAAAUGAGGGUGAAAAAGGGAUCUGAUAAAAUUGUGUUCUUGAAAUUUGCACUUGUUUCACUUUUAAGGUGUUAAAACUAGUUUCUUGACUGGGAUCAAGGACCCAGACAGUUACAGGGUGGCUCCUUUAAUUAUGGCAGUCUGAAAGAAUCCAUCUUUGGACAUGUGGAAGUGUUUGUCUAAUGGCUUGGUGUCCUCAACCGAGAGCCUUCCUUUCUGUUGUGCCCAUGCUGAGUGGUCCUCUUGUUAAAAGUGUCCAUUCCAACAUGGCUAUUUCAGUUCCACCUUAUCUUUCAGUUGAAGGGAAGAAUUCUUACCAGGCUAGAUUAGCAAUUUACUAUUAUCAGUGCUUGUUCUAUUUUUGUAGCCUUGAAAGUAUGGAUUAGGAGAAGCUAGGAUAACCAAGCCUCCUGUCCCAUCUAUGUACAGGAGUUGCUGUUGGUCCAUCCUUUGUUUGCUUUAAGGAAUGGAGUUAUGAAGGGUGUGUUUAAGCCACUGUCCAUACGCACAAAUGUUUCUCAAUUGGAAAGUGCCUUUCUUUCCCAAGGAUGAAGAUUGGACUACUCCAGAACUAGGCAGAAUUAUGGAAGAUUUUUUUAAAGAAAAAAAUGUUUACUGACUGCCUGGAAGCUGAACUGCAUAAUCAAGCAAGGAAGAACGUUUAUCCUGUUCCUUUCUUUCUUUUUAAUCCUACAUGAACUUCUUGUUCUCCCUCUUUACCAAAGCUAUGAAGGUGGAUGAGGAUGGUCUCUAAAAGGAAUUCAUGCCCCAUCAGCUGCAUGAUAUCACUCAUUAUUUUAUUAUUUGUGAGCCAUUUCUCUUACCUAGUUAAAAUGUGUUAGAUUUACUCUGCUUUGCUUGGAGUUCAUUUGAUUUGUAUCUUUUUAUUUCCCCUGGCCAAACUGCUUUUUUCUUGUUAAACUAAUAAAUCUCAUAUGUGUGUGUG